AUGGUGAAUACUAGAAAGAAAAAUGACUCAACCAACCCUCCACUUCUUCAAAAUCCUAACCUGGAAGCCACAGAAGAUUCACAUCGAGAGGAACCUGAGAGUGCUUCUUCUCGGGACUUAAUAACGCAACAAUUAUCAAUCAUUGUGACACAGUUGAAUACAAUGGAUGCUGAGAUCAAUGAAUUGAAGACAACGAAAGUGCAGGAUCCUAUGAUUUCUCCCUCAAUGCAAAAUAGAAGGACUAUGCAUACAGAACAGGAAGAGAAUGAUUAUGAUUCUCCUUGGUGGAGUAAAAAUCCAUCCAAGCAACCACAUUCUAAGGUGGAGUUUCCAAAAUAUGAAGGUGGAGAUCCUAGAGGGUGGGUGAUGGAGGCAGAAAAAUAUUUUAGGUACUAUCAAACCCCUGAAGAAUUAAAAGUUGAUGUGGCUGCUAUGAAUUUAGAGGGUGAUGCUCUUGAUAAUUUCAAAAUCCAGAUGUUCAUUUAUGCUAAUAUCAAGCAAACUGGUUCAGUCCAUGAAUAUAGACAAGAGUUCGCCAGAAGGGUUUCUAGAGUACAUGGGUGGCCUGAGCAUUGUUUACUUGGAGUUUUUAUUAAUGGGUUGAAAGAGGAGUUACAGUAUGAUGUUAAAAUUCAAAAGCCCAGAACCGUUUACAAAGCAGCCAGCCUAGCAAUGGAGUUUGAAUUAAAAUUACAAGCCCAGCAAGCCUCUCGUCCAGUUCAACGUGCCAUAUCAACACGUGGCACUAAGAGUGGUUAUAAUUUUAAGGAUAAUAAAUUUUAUUAUCCUAAAAAUACAGUAACUGCUCCUGCUGGGCCAAUUCAAUCAUUUAAUGUCACAUCUCACAAUCAGAAGCAGUUACCCUUGACAUUUUCCAGCACUUCAGCGUCAGUUACCACUCCCUCCUACAUUUCCGAAAGUGACAAGCAGUUAAGGAGAGAGAAAGGGCUUUGUUUUAAAUGUGGAGAUAAAUUCUCUCCUGGCCACCGUUGCAAACCAUCUUCCUUUAAGCUUUUAGAAAUCACAGAAGAUUGUGACGAACCUGCAAUGGAGAACACCACCUCAAGUUAUGCUGAAGAAAAUGAUAUUGCUGAAAUCUCACUUCAUGCAAUUUUGGGUGGUUCUACAUCAUCCACCAUGAAAUUGCAAGGCACCCUCUUAUCUAAACCUGUCCUUAUCCUAAUUGAUAGUGGUUCUACCCACAAUUUUAUUUAUGAGAAGAUUGUGGCAGAAUUAAAGAUUCCUACACAGCAGAUCCCUACCUUUGGAGUGCAGAUUGGAAAUGGGAAUAUCAUUGCCUGCCGAUCUGUUUGCAAGCAAGUGGAAAUUCAGGUGCAAAGUCUGACCAUCAAGGAUGACUUCUUCCCUUUUGCUAUUGGAGGGGCUGACAUGGUUUUGGGGAUUAAGUGGCUAGCUUCUCUCAAUACCGUGGAAGCAAAUUGGCAAAAGAUGUACAUGAUCUUUUGGGUGAAUGGCAAGAGGUACAAGCUUCAGGGGACACCUCAAUCUGAACGUACAAAGGCAUCUUUGCACAGUUUCAUGUCUACAGAAGACUUAUCUUGGCCUGAACAGUAUCUGCAACAACUAUUGGGCGCUUAUUCACAGGAUUUUGCAAAGCCUAAAAAGCUUCCGCCUAUAAGAGAGCAUAGUCAUGCCAUUCCUUUAUAUCCUGGGGCUAUACUACCAAAUAUUCGACCCUACAGAUGUCCUCAUUAUCAGAAAGAUGAAAUAGAAAAACAAGUGGCAGAAUUGCAGAUCAAAGGUUUCAUAAGGCUUAGUGUUAGCCCAUUUGCUAGCCCAGUUCUAUUAGUGCCCAAGAAAGAUUCAACUUGGAGAUUUUGUGUUGACUACAGAGAACUCAACAAGAUUACUGUACCAGAUAAGUAUCCAAUUCCCAAUAUUGAUGAACUUAUUGAUGAGUUACAUGGCUCUUCUUACUUUUCAAAGAUAGAUCUUAGGUCUGGUUACCACCAGAUUCGUGUUCUGCCUGAAGACAUACCUAAAACUGCAUUCAGGACACACUUUGGCCACUAUGAAUUUCUUUGA